AUGGCCAGUAAGACUAUUGAAAAGAAAAAACCCUCUGCAGCUGCCGAUUUCGUUGCAGGCAACAUGGGCGGUAUGGCACAAGUAGUUGUUGGUCAACCUAUCGACACAAUCAAGGUGCGAUUGCAACUUGAUCAUACACGUUUCAAGGGUGCCUGGGAUUGUGGCAUGCAAACGAUCCGCAAUGAAGGUUUUCUCGCUUUGUACAAAGGCAUGGCAAGCCCAUUGUUCGGUAUUGGUGCUGUGAAUGCGCUUUUGUUUGCCGCCAACACAAAUAUCAAAAAGCUUAUGCAAAGCCAUCCCGAUGAAGUAUUGCCUAUCUCAAAGAUUGCAUUGGCUGGUGCAGCUGCAGGCAUUGUUCAAUCUGUACUUGCUUCUCCUGUCGAGUUGCUCAAGAUCAAGUUGCAAGCUCAAUAUGGUUCGGGUAGCGGUGCCAAGUUCCAUGGCCCUAUUGGUUGCGCUCGAUACCUGAUUCAAAAGGAUGGUAUUGCCCAUGGUCUUUUCCGUGGUCUCUACGCUACCAUCUUGAGAGAGAUUCCUGCAUAUGCUGGUUUUUACUCUGGCUUUGAAAUCACCAAACGUUACUUGACACACGGCCAAGAAGAACCUGCAAACAUUAUGCAACUCAUGGCAUCCGGAUCAGUCGCUGGUAUGGCUUAUUGGCUCUCAUCCUACCCAUUGGAUAUUGUAAAGUCUGUGGUACAAAAUCAAGAAAAGCCACCUCGAGGCUUGUAUGUAACCCAAGUGAUGAAGGAGAUUGUUGCCAAGGAUGGUGUAGCAGGUCUGUACCGAGGCGUGGCUCCUGCUGUGGUUCGAAGUAUCCCUGCAGCUGGUGCAACCUUUACAACAUUUGAAUUGUGCAUGCGCAUGUUUGAAUCAGCUUAG